AUGGUUCUAAUGUACGAUGGCUGUGCCUGCGAGAGCGUGUCAACCAACAAAUUGGCACUGGUCUUGAUUUUGUCACCGGCGCUGUUCGAAAGAGUUGUGAUCAAAGAUCUCAAAUCCGUAGAUAUCGAGAAUACCAAUGGAUUUGUGGGUCUCAAGGUUCAAGCUCUGGAACGACUUGUUGACUCUGUCGACAAUCCAGUCGAACAGGUUGUUGUACAGACCUUUCGCCAUGGCAUCUCUGACGGCUGUGGCUUGAACGGGGUUCAAUGGAACAUGGUACACGGAUCCUCUUCUCAUUCCGUGCGAUGUCUCCAUGGUUCUCUCAGUGAUGGACUUGACGAGCAGCUGAGAGUCAACUUGCAACAGGUAUGCCACGAAAUCCGUGACUCCUGUGUCUCUAACUUGGGAGUUUCCUUCGGCGUCCUCAACAAAUGUGAUAUUACCGGUCCACAAGAUGGCAGCCAGGAUUCUGAACACCUGGUCCUGUUCGUCCUGACUGAGUCCAAUGGUGGCCAUCGAAGCCAGAGUGUCUUUGUAGUCUUUCAGGUCGUCGAUGGAGUCGACAGAUGUACAUCCCGAGGCACUGGUGUAAAUGUAUUGUUCCGGCUUUUGGACACCGAACGUUUGUCUAUAGCUGUCGCUUGCACCUUUGGUGAACUGGUAAAAGAUAUGGAAGUUUCUCUCAUUUUUAAUCUGGCCCACCACUCUUUGUUUUUCCAACAGAUAAUUGGUGAUAUUUGCACUGACUGGCUCGAACGACUUGUUGAACUGAAUCUCGAGAUACUUUCCGUGUCUGGACGAGUUGUUAUUUCUAAGAGUCUUUGCACAUCCAAACGACUCCAACAAUGGGUUGGUGGCCAACACCAUGUCUUUAAUUCGUUGAAUAUGGGAGGCCGUUUACCGUUAUGGAACCGCUUUUCCAGGUUGUCGUUGAUGCUCUGGUCACUAAUGGUGGACAAGAGGGUCAAAUCGCUCACACCCACCUCUUUCUUCUUGUGCGAGUCAAACUGGGCCUUUUUCACCGGAGCCCCGCUCUUCUUGGCCGGAGGCGCGGCUCCCGCGGUCUUGGAUCUGGCCGUUUUUCUACUCAACACUGCCAUCUCGAAAAGAUUACAACCUGUCUGUUAA